GGAGAGAGAGCUUCAUUAGAAAAUCCUACACUUCAUACAAGCGUCAAAUCCUCUGCCAACGUGACGUCCUAUAGGCUGGAAGCACCGCGCUUAGUUGAUAUGAUGGAAAUGUGACACUUUGACAAACAGCCGAGCUCAGAGCCGGGGUAAGCUCUCCACGGACCAUGAAGACGAGCCGCAGAUGCAGGACCCUUCUGUCGGUUAGCUUGAACUUCUUCGCCCUGUUUUUCUCCAUAACCGCGUUCAUAACCACGUACUGGUGCGUGGGGACCCAGAGGGUGCCCAAGCCCAAGUGCAGCAAGCUGCGGACGCACCAUUGCAUAGACUACGGAGUGAACGAGACGGACCCCAACAAAGUGGUGUACAGCUGGGAGACCGGGGACGACAGGUUCCUGUUCCGUCAGUUCCACACCGGCAUCUGGUUCUCCUGCGAGGAAAAUAUCGACGAUGAAAGUGAGAUUUGCCGAAGUUUCAUUGAUUUGGCUCCUGCAUCAGAGAAAGGGAUGCUGUGGCUGUCACUGGUUUCAGAGAUGCUGUACAUUCUUCUGCUGCUUGUCGGCUUCAGCCUCAUGUGUCUGGAGCUGAUCCACUCCAGCAACGUCAUCGAUGGACUCAAGCUCAAUGCCUUCGCCGCUGUCUUCACGGUGCUCUCAGGUCUCCUCGGUAUGGUGGCUCAUGUGAUGUACACACAAGUCUUCCAGGUGACCGUCAGCCUCGGCCCGCCUGAAUGGAGGCCCUACAACUGGGACUAUGGCUGGUCUUUCUGCAUGGCCUGGGCCUCCUUCACCUUCUGCAUGGGGGCUUCCGUCACCACCCUCAACUCCUAUACGAAGACUGUUAUCGAGUUUCGACACAAGCGCAAGACCUUUGAGCAAAGCAUUCGGGAGGAGCAGGCGCAGGAGGCUUUCGGAUAUUUCCGCGAACAUUCGGUGCACUCCAUCUCUAAAUCUGUGGAGGUUUACUCAAGCCAGACCCCGAAAAGCGGCAGGAAAACUCCCAUACCUGCCGACUCCUUGGACUUGAGCGACAUUGCAGGAUCUUUGGGGGAAGAACAGUGCUAAGUGAGUGAGGAAACUAGGUAGUGAUGCUUCUCACACCAUGUUGGUCCCACUGGUAAGUGUUCGCUACAGAAUGAACACCUAUCAGGAUUGCAGGUCACAUUGUUUGCUCCAUCUGGUACGUUUCAGCUCUGCCUUAAUGGAUGCAGGUCAUGGACCUACGUGUCACACAAGGAUAAAGUUAAGAAAUCCAGCUACGAACUGUAACAACUGGACAUGAACGUCGCGGAGAAAGGUGUUUUCUGUGUUAGUGUAAGUUACCGCAGUGUUGAUUUAAAAGCCAGUAUUGAGUAUAACCAUGUAAAUCGAGUGAGUGUCUCUCAGAUGCUAAUAGCCUUAUGAUCAAGUCCAUCAGAAAAUGAAUGCAUGAAAAGACAGGGUUUUCAUUACUGUGAAAUAGAGCCAUAAAUACUUACUUCUAAUGAUGUGCCUAUUUACAGUGUAUAAAAUGUAAUGUUUGUGGAAAAUGGUGUAUCAGUUUUUCUUUGGAUGUUCGGUCUUGGUAACUUUUAUUUUCUGACAAAUGACAAAUUGCAGUUCACUUUUGUUUGACUGGUAUGAUUCCUGGAAGCUACAGAGAAACUUAUAACAGCAAUAAUUAUGCCAAUUCUUGUAAAAACACACGGCACAAUCGGUGCGGUCAACAGUUAGUAUACACAUUUCCAGUGCGGUAUACGAUCAAUAUUUUGAUUUGAUUUCUUUCUGCUUUAAAUCAAGGGGUCAAUAUUAAAAAUUCCUUCUCUCAAAAA